AAUAGAGGUUGAAUAAAAGUUCAAUAUCUCUUUGUAUUUUUAGGUACAAAUAACAUCAGAACCGAAGACGACGUGAAUGCAGAGCAUGUCGAAUCCAUCGCUGACUUCUACGCGGGAAAAUCAGUCUUCAUUACAGGCGUAACAGGGUUUCUCGGAAAGGUGUACCUUGAAAAGUUACUCUACACCUGCAAAGACAUUGACAAAGUAUUCAUAUUGAUCAGAAACAAGAAAGGGGAUGAUGUCGGAAAAAGGAUCGAAAAACUCUUGGACUCGUCAGUGAGUAAGCCUUGAAGCUUUGUUUAAAAUAUUACAUUAAUAGCAUGCAGCAACCUUUGAGAUAUUCAAUCGGAAUUAACGUUUCUAUAAGUGAGAUUUGUGUAGCACGUAAUUUAAACAAAUGAUGAGCUCUAUCAAGCCUAGAGCGAGACAGCGCACUACAUGUCUUGGAUUGGUAGACCCUAGUGUCCCCGGACGGGGAGCCACAUUUCGUGCAGGGCGUAUGGUCCAAGCAAGAGACGGAGAGGCCUUUGCCUCUCUGUCUCCGUCCGUCAUGUCUACUGAUAACCCGUACAUACCGUGUGCAUAGCAAAUUAAUAUGCAAUGAUAUGCUCCUAUCUAUUAGAGGAGAUACGUUAUAGUUCAGUUUUAGUCAAAUUAGUUUGACACUAGCCUUUUCCUCCCCGAGGAGGUUGGUGUCCAUGCGGAUUCCUCUGCCUAACAAAGAAAGGGUUCUCAAAGUGUCACUAUGGUAGGUAAACUCCUAAUCUUGAGUCCGAAUCUUUAAAUCUUUUAUUUUUUAAUUCAUUUACCUUGUUCAUAACAGCUUACUGCUACUCUUGCGUGUAUUUAUACUCUUCUGACUGUGAAAUGUAUUAAAUUUCAGGUAUUCUCAAGGCUUAAAUCACAGCGCCCACAGGACAUAAAAAAAAUCGUCCCUGUAUAUGGCGACAUGGAUAAAUCGGAACUUGGACUAUCUUCUGAAGACCAGGAAAGAUUAAUAAACGAGGUGUCUGUGGUGUUCCACGUGGCAGCGUCAGUCAAUCUCGAUGCUGACUUGAGGUCAAGUAUGGCCACAAACUUCUUCGGAACCUCUUAUGUACUUAAACUUUGUCAUCGUAUGAAGAAAAUAAAGGUUUUCGUUUAUGUAUCAACAGCUUACUGCAACAGUACUUUAAAAGUGUUAGAGGAGAAAGUAUACCCUGUACAGGAAGAACUCGAGGAAGUGCUGAAAUAUUUAGAAGAACCACAUCUGGACCGAGAUCGUGUUAAAAAACUGUUAAAUGGACGUCCAAAUGCGUACGCACUCUCAAAGGCACUGGCAGAACAUUAUGUAGCUCAGAACCACGGAGACAUACCCAUUAUCUUUAUCAGACCAUCUAUUGUAAUAUCUUCAUCGAAAGAACCAGUACCGGGUUGGGUGGAUUCCUUUCAGGGCGCGACGGCUCUAAUCACAGCAGUUUUGAAAGGAGUGAACAGAGUCAUAUAUGGAAACAAGAACAAUGUAUUGGACCUUAUUCCCGUGGACUACGUUUCAAAUCUCUCUAUAGUUGCAGCGGCGAGAGUGAAAAGCUCCAAAGAAGUCACCGUUUACAAUUGUUGCACGAGCUCUAUCAAGCCCAUUACUCUAAAAGAACUCGCGUCACAAAUAACAAGGAGAAAAGUUGAGGAUAAACAAAGAUUUUUGUUCCUACCGACGGUAUUCUUCUCAACACAUUGGCUCGUCGUCAUAAUCCUAACAUUUGUGAUGCAAAUCAUGCCUUCGUUCAUCGCUGAUCAGUUUCUAUACUUCACAGGAAAUAAACCUAUGUACAUGAAAAUUCAGUCAAAAGUGAUCAAUGGCCGAAACGUCUUGAAUUAUUAUACGAAUAAUUCUUGGGUGUUCAAGUCAGUUGCAUCAAGGCGGCUUCUGGACACCCUAUCACUAUCUGAUAAGCGUCUCUUCCCCUGCUACCCAUCAGAUCUUAACUGGGAUAAGUAUUUUAAAACCUAUUUCGAUGGCAUUGAGAAUUUUCUGCUGAAAAAGUAAGUCAAACAUUUGAAAAGUAUAAAUAAUUGUAAGGGGAUAAAGUUCGUUUUAGAAUGGUUUCUCAAAUAAGAUUACUGUAGGUUGUAUUAAAAUAAAGUUAAGUUAUUUACUAGGUC